CUGUGAAAGUGCCAAACAAAACGUAAGACAAGAAACGGAAAAAUAUAAAAUUUAGAUUUCAUCGUUUAAUUUGCAAAUUAGUCUAAAAUUUUCGUGUGUUUAUGGUUGGAAAGCUGUGGAAUGGUUUGAUAAAAGUAAUCGGAAGAGGUAGUGUUUGUUAUUUUCCUGCGGAAACGCGCAGAAGUAUGCGGAUUUUUCGAUUUUAGCUGUUCGCAAAUAGAGAAACAGUUCAGCACCUUUGUCAUUUUAUGGGAAACGCUAGCAGCAGCAACUCAGUUACUCAGAACCAGCAAGAAUUAAGGGAAGCUGCUUGUGCGAAAUCAUCAUCGUCAUCGUCAUCUCAUUUGAUAGCGACAAGUGUAGCAGCUCAAAAUAAGGCAAACCACACAGAGUUGAGACGUUCGAUCAGCUUGGAUGGAUUAUCUGGUCGUUUGAAUGAAAGCUUCCGAAGGAUUUACAGCUCACUAUCCUGCACGUCCUUGAACACAACUGGAUCACACAAAAGGCAUUCAACCGAUCAAUCCUGCAGUCGACCUUGGAGUCGUGUUUCACGAAGAAGGUGGCAUGACUCAACACUAGCUGACGAUAGGCUUCUGUCGAAAACAUGUUGGCCAGUUACGCAUGCUGAAGCGCUUUUUUUGCCACAUUUUCCGAUAGAUAGUAACGCUGAGCGUCAAUAUAGCAUAGUCAAUCACGUUGCUAAUGGAGCUUUUGGAAAAGUGUUUAGAGUAAGGAGUAUCACUCAGAGUGAAGAAGAGAAGGAUUUUGCACUGAAAGUUUUUAGUAAAUCAGAGAUUAUCAACGGUAAUGCAAUUCGCCAGCUGAAGGACGAAGUUGAUAUUCAAACUAUUUGUGGACAUCAUCCGUUUUUGGCCAAAUGCGUUCGUUACUGGCAGACUAAGAAAAAGGUGUUCCUACUAUCCCAUUACUACCCGAACGGAGAGCUUUUCCAGGAAUUCAAAAAGUUGCCAUUUGAGCUUGUACGCUUGUACGUUGCUGAAAUUGCUCUUGCACUAGAUUUCCUUCACCAAGCCGGAAUCAUCUAUCGUGAUUUGAAGCCGGAAAAUAUACUGCUAGAUCAGUACUACCACGUGCGGUUAAUUGAUUUCGGACUGAGCAAGUGGCUGAGCAUCGGUUCCCGGACGCGUACUCUUUGCGGAACGCUUCACUAUAUGGCGCCGGAGAUUUUGAACAGUGAACCCUACGGACAUGCAGUUGACUGGUGGGCCCUGGGAGUACUUGCUUGUCAAAUGUACACCGGUGAGUACCCACAGCUGGACAUGUGCAAAUAUCUAAACAAAUCCGACGAAGUAGACAAGCUCAUCGAACGUGCCAAAGUUCAAAAAUCAAUAGCUUCAAGCAAACUGCUUCCGGACUCAGUCAAUGAUCUUCCUGCAGACGCUCAAGAUCUCCUGAAGCGAUUGUUGGAAGCUAAGCCCCAGUACCGCCUCCGUUCCCUUCUUCAACUUCAACGUAUUGCUUUGUACAAGAAUUUCAACUGGGAUGAUGUGCGGCAGAAGAAGAUUUCUCCGAGACAGAUGAUCGAUGCAGAGGCGCUGGAGCCGGAGGCUGACAAAUCAUUCGAUUUGUUUGAUUGGUAAUUAUCGGCAUCUCUCGUGUGUUUUGCUUCCAAGUAAAUCUACGAAAAACAGUGUGUUGUUCUUUGCGCUAUGCCGGCUCAACGAGUUGAGCGGUUUGGCGAAUAAUUGCUGCAAUUGGAGACUUUUGCAAGCUCAACUUUUCUAGCUCUAACUUAAGCGGUCAAUAUGUGUGAAUGUGGAUAAGCAGAUUAAAACAGCAGAGUUGGUUUUUUGUUGAGCCGACCAUCGAUGGGAAAACAAUGUAAUAGUCUAUCAUCGAUCUGGAGGGACUGAAGGAAUCUUCACGCUGAGUGCGAUUUCUUUCAACGGUUAAAGUAGAAGUGCCAUUAUUUGUUAAUAAUCGUUCAACCUUCGGGGCUCUGUAGUAGAUAGAAUCUCCAUCUCCAGUUGCAGCAGUUGCAGACGAUGAUUGCUUGAAUGUAGACAGAAAACCUCGAUCACAACGAUGAUAAAUACUGGCGGCUGGAUUGAUGACAAUGACGAUGACGAUGACGAUGAUGAUGAUGAUGAUGAUGAUGAUGAUGAUGACCACGAUUUCAGUAUCUAGUUUAAUGACCUAUCCGUCC